CCGUUUGAUUUCUCAAAGUGAACGCGCGCAACGAUCGCAAGCAGAUCCCGUUUUCGAAUUCCGAACCCAAACAAGCGCUGCUUCACUGCAUCCCGAAAUCUGGCAUAAAUUUGGUCUUCCGCGUGUGCGUAUUUGUGUUUCUGUGUAUCUGCAAGAGAGUAAUUGAUAGUGUGCCUUCAAUUCAAUCGAUACAAACCAACUUUUAGUGUGAGUCAGAGAAACAAACAGUCUUCGAUAUGAGGGAAAUCGUUCAUCUGCAGGCGGGCCAGUGCGGCAAUCAGAUCGGUUCAAAGUUCUGGGAAAUCAUCUCCGAUGAGCAUGGCAUCGAUCCCAAUGGCUACUACCAUGGGGAGUCGAACAUGCAGCUGGAGCGCAUCGAUGUCUACUACAACGAGGCGAGCAGCGGCAAGUAUGUGCCACGUGCCGUGCUGAUCGAUCUGGAGCCGGGCACCAUGGACUCGGUGCGCUCCUCACCGAUGGGCCAGCUCUUUCGUCCCGACAACUUUGUCUACGGACAGUCCGGAGCGGGCAACAACUGGGCCAAGGGCCACUACACAGAGGGAGCCGAACUGAUCGACUCUGUGCUGGAGGUGCUGCGCAAGGAAUCCGAGGGCUGUGAUUGCCUGCAGGGCUUCCAGCUGGCGCACUCUUUGGGCGGCGGCACUGGCUCCGGCCUGGGCACACUGCUCAUCUCCAAGAUACGCGAGGAGUAUCCGGAUCGCAUUAUGAACUCCUUCUCCGUUGUGCCCUCACCGAAGGUAUCCGAUACCGUUGUGGAGCCCUACAAUGCCACGCUCUCCAUCCAUCAGCUGGUGGAGAACACAGACGAGACCUUCUGCAUUGACAACGAGGCUCUCUAUGACAUCUGCUUCCGCACGCUGAAGCUCUCGUCGCCCACCUACGGGGAUCUGAAUCAUUUGGUUUCUGUCACAAUGUCUGGCGUUACCACCUGCCUGCGUUUCCCUGGCCAGCUGAACGCUGAUCUGCGCAAGCUGGCGGUGAAUAUGGUUCCAUUCCCGCGUCUGCACUUCUUCAUGCCCGGCUUUGCCCCACUGACCGCCAAGGGAUCGCAGCAGUAUCGAGCCCUCACCGUUGCCGAGCUGACGCAGCAGAUGUUCGAUGCCAAGAACAUGAUGACGGCCUGCGAUCCCCGACAUGGACGCUACCUCACGUGUGCCUGCAUCUUCCGUGGUCCCAUGUCCAUGAAGGAGGUGGACACGCAAAUGCUCAACGUGCAGAGCAAGAACAGCAGCUACUUUGUCGAGUGGAUACCCAACAAUGUGAAGGUGGCCGUCUGCGAUAUUCCACCACGUGGCCUCAAGAUGUCCGCCACAUUCAUUGGCAACUCGACGGCCAUUCAGGAGAUCUUCAAGCGCAUCUCUGAGCAGUUCACCGCCAUGUUCCGUCGCAAGGCCUUCUUGCAUUGGUACACAGGCGAGGGCAUGGACGAAAUGGAGUUCACUGAGGCGGAGAGCAAUAUGAACGAUCUGAUAUCCGAGUAUCAGCAGUACCAGGAAGCAACUGCCGACGAUGAGGUUGAGUUCGAUGAGGAGCAGGGCGAGCAUGAGGGCUACGAGUCGGAGGUUCUGCAGAACGGCAAUGGCGAGUAGGAACGGACUACUAGCAACCAUCAUAACUGUUUUCUGUAUACUAUUAUGUAAAUUAUUUGACAAGUCAUCACCAGACAAAGGCUUCAAAUAAAUAUCUAGUAAAUAUAGUAAA